AUGCUGUAUGGCACCAGGGCUAUAAAAUCAAACGUCAAGCCUUACUCUAUCCUUAAAGCGGCUUCGGAUUGGACUAUCAUGAUGGAUACGUAUGAGAAACAAUACAAAAUCCUCGAGGAUAUUUGUGCGUCGGCCUCCAGACCAGACAUAUUUCUAUAUUCGCGUAUUUUAAAGCGCGUUGUGAUGAUAGAGCUCACGGUGCCUUGGGAAACCAACAUCCCCAAAGACCAUACCAUCAAGGUCAACAAAUAUUACGAGCUCACAAACGAACUCACUCGAAAUAGGUUCGUAGUAGAUUUGUACGCGGUAGAGGUGGGAGCGAGAGGUAUAACAGCGAAAUCUCUCUACAACCUACUAAAGGACUUGGGCCUGUCCAGAACUAACAUUAAUUCAUUCUUGGAACGUACGUCGAAGGCAGCCCUAGUAGGUUCUUUUCAAAUUUGGUUAGGUAGGGAGAGGAGCUUGAACAGUGGAGGUGAGCGUAUAUUGCACGUUAGAUAA